AUGGACGCAAGUGAUAUAAAUCUACAGUCUGUAAAACGCAUCCCCUACCUAUUUGCCGCUAUCAAUGAAGCCCUGCGACUUUUUGCUCCUCUACCAGGUUCCCUCAGACGCAUCACACCCCCGGAAGGGUGCAUAGUAUCGGGAAUCUACAUACCAGGUAAUACUGUUGUAGCGGUGAACAGCUACGCAGCAUCACACUCCACAUCCAACUUCCAUGAGCCCGAAAGGUUCAUUCCGGAGCGCUGGUUAUCAGCAGAAGAUCUGCUAUCCAUGAGUUUAAAUGUCAAUGUCGCGCAGUUCGCUGGAGACAUGAAGAGAGUGGUGCAACCUUUUGGUAUGGGACCACGAAACUGUAUUGGCAAGAACCUCGCUAUGGCGGAAAUGAGUAUGUUGGUUGCAAGGCUGCUGUGGGAAUUUGAUAUCGAGUUGCAGACUGAGAGUGAGAGAUGGUUGGAUGGCAUGAAGGUUUAUACUUUCUAUCAACGGCCACCAUUGAUGUGCAGGUUCAAACCCGCCAAUCGCUAG